AUGAGCUUAGACUUUCUCGAUUUAGUGGAUGAUAUGCCCAAUGAAUUGCAACCAUUGGUGUCCCGGCUGUUGACACUCGACAGCCAUCGCCAGGCGUUUGUCCGUAAGAUUGAGAGAAUUGGUGCCAAACUGUCGGCCGAGGCGUCUGUCGGCCAGAAGUGCCGUCAAAUGAAGCGACUCUUGAGUUGCGCCAAAAGUAUUGAACGGAUUUAUGACCAAAAACUUGAAUUAAGCCAAUGUAUUGUCGAGAAGAUUAAGGCUAAAGAGAGACAAUUGACUGAAGAUUACAACUGCUGUCUUCUAUCGGAUCAGACAAUGCCUUUCACUUAUGGCACCAGAAGUGGCCGAACGUGGUCUCAAUAAAUGCUACAAUUGUUUGGCUUUUAGUCAUUUAUGCAAUUAAUAGCCAUUUAAUAGCCCCUAAUGUGAUGAUGAUUAAAAUAAUU